ACGUGCUAACCAAUAACCAUACUUGGAGAAGACCCUGGUAAUAUCAACGCCGGCCGGCCACCGACGUUCAUCGAAUCGUCGAUCCAUCAGCGUGAAGAUCGGAUUACUUGCAUAUAUGGAGCACUCCGGCUCCGGCGGCUCGUCGUCGUCAUCGUCGUGGAAAAGCGGUGGCCGGGAGAUGCAGGGUCCGCGCCCAGCGCCACUGAGGGUGCACAAGGAGUCGCACAGGAUCAGGAAGCCGCCGCCGCCGCAGCCGCAGCGGCAGCCGGUGAUCAUCUACACGGUGUCGCCCAAGGUCAUCCAUGCCGACCCCUCAGACUUCAUGUCCGUCGUGCAGCGCCUCACCGGCCCGUCCGGCGCCUCAUCAUCGUCAUCACAGCCGCCGACGCCACCGUCUUCCUCGAUGCCGUUCCCGUUCUACGGUGCCAUGCCCCCGCCGCCGGCCCAGGCUCAGCAGCUGCCGUUCCCGUUCCAUCUCCAAGCGGCGGCCGCGGCGGCGGCCAUGGCGCCGCCACCGCAGACACAGCUCUCGGCGGCCGCGCGCUUCGCCGCCUUCGAGCAGGCGACCACUUCGGCCGCAAGGAGCGCCGGCGCCGGCGUUCACCGUGGGGAUCUGCCGCCUCUGCCGAGCAUCCUUUCUCCGGUGCCGGGGUCCCUCCCGCCGACGGUCAUGCCGCAGCCGCCGGGCUUGAUCUUCUCCCCAACCUCCGGUGGUGGCAACACGGGCGUCGGUGGCAUCAACCUGUUCGGCGAGCUCGUCAGCCCCAGCCCCGCAUUUCUCGCUGGACAGCACGGCGCCGCCGGUGCAGCAACUCCUCCUCCGACAACGACGUCGACGACAAUGUUACAGUAUUUCCAAGCAGCUGCAGCAACAGGAACGGCAGCGGCGCCUUCGUCGUCGACUCCAUACUAUUGGGAUCUCUUCAACAACAACCACCCGAAUUAAUUAACCAACACGAUGAUCGAAUUCGAUUCACAUUUGCCUGCGCAAUGAUCGACAUAUAUGGUAUAUAUGUGAUGGGAAUUAAUUAACUUGAUAGAUACUUCGAUAGAUAGCCUAAGUUGAUCAGCAGCUGGUAGCAUGCAAUGAAGCUUCUUCAUUCAUCCAGUACGUAGUGUACUACUUGUAGCUAUAGCUAGCCAUACCUCUUCUUUUCUUUGCACCCCAUUUUGGAGGUGAUUGAUGAUAUAUAUUUGAGAUUGUAGAAUGAUGUAAUUCCCUUUAAUUUGUACUUUGAGAUUGUAGAAUCAUUCCUAUUUCCUGAGUCUGUUGAAUGAA